CUUAACCAAUCAUAGCACAGUAUGAUACGGCAGUAAAAUGCAUCCAAUUACAAUUCAGAAUGUUUACACAUAAGAAUAUUACACCCUCCUCCUCAGUUUCUCAGCAUUGACAGUGAAAAAGUAGCAACAACUAGAUGUUAAUUUAAGUGACCCACUGUGUGGUUGUCUCUUGUGUGGUCAGACCGUGCUGUCCCUGCUCCUGCCAGGCCAUGUGCGGUCUGAGGGCUCAAGUGGAGGAGGUUCUGGACCUGGAUCUGAUCCAGCAGCUGGCAGAUCAUGGGGCCCUGGUCCUGCAAAGACUGUCAGGCUACAUCAUCAAUACCAUGGCCUCCCUGUGUGCCCCUAAACGAGACCCAGAGAUCAACUUAUCGGACACAGUGGAGCUCCUCAGGGCAAUCUUCCGAGUCCUUGGCCUGAUGAAGACAAACAUGGUCAACUUUACUGUUCAGAGCCUCAGGCCUCAUCUCAUGCAGCAAGCUGUCCAGUACGAGCAUGCCACGUUCCACGAGAACCUGUUGAAGCAGCCAGCACAAGUGGAGGCAUCGGUCAGUGCCCAGUCAGACCUUGAUCCUGGAACUCUCAGGCCAACAGUUCUGAUGGACAGAGCCCGCUUGGAGGCGCUGGAACAGAGACUGAGCCCGCUAGUUCUUGAGGCAUCAGUUCUGCUGUUGACCAGCACACAGCAUGGGGACGCUGUUUUUUCUUCGUAG